AUGUUCCUUGACUUGCUACCGGCAAGCUUUCAGCCAGCGGACAAGCACGGCCGCACCCCGCUGUUUGUUGCUGCUCCUGUGUCAGUGCAUGCGGUGCGAUGCUUGCUGGAGGCGGGCGCAGACAAGGACAAGGCCACCGACGAUGGGCUCACUCCCCUCUUCAUGGCGGCUCAGAGCGAUAAUGCCGCGGCCGUGCGACUCCUACUCCUUGCGGGGGCGGACAAAGAUCGUUGCACAGAAGAAGGUCGAACACCUCUCUUUGCGGCCACGCGCGAUGGCAACACGGAGGUUGUGGAGCAUCUGCUGAAGGCCAAAGCAGCAGCCGACAAAGCAGACAUGGACGGGCGCACGCCGCUGCACCUGGCAGCCGCACGAGGAUUCACGGGGCUGGUUCGCUCCCUGCUGCUCGCCCGAGCGGACGUCAGCAGGGCCGACCUCUUUGGCCGCAACGCCCUGCUGGGCGCGGCCGCCAACAACAACGUGGAGGUGGUCCGCUGCCUUCUGGAGGCGCGAGCCUCCGCCGGAGGUGACGGGGAGGAGCAUCCUGUGGUCGUUGCAGCGCAGAGCGAUCACCUGGAGGUCGUCCGGUGCUUGCUGGAGGCCGGCAUCGGCCAGGAGGCGCUGCUGGCCCACCUCCUUGAAUGGGACGAUGGAGGGAUCAUGGGCGACUCUCAGACCACGGCCCUCGUGCGGGCCGCGCACAUCGGGAACACCCGAGUUGUGGAGGGCCUCCUCCUGGCAGGCGUCGCCAGGGACCCCACGGACCAGCUGGGUAGGACACCACUGUUCAUCGCCGCGGGCAAUGGACAGGUGGACAUCGUCCGAGUUCUGCUCCUGGCCCGGGCAGACCCGAACAAAGAGGAUCGCUUCAGUCAGACCUCCCUGAUCAGCGCUGUGCAUGUGGGUUGCGUCGAGGUGGUGCGUUGCCUGCUGGCUGCGGGCGCGGCCAAAGACCGGGCAGACCAGCACGGCCACUCCCCGCUCUUCAUCGCUGCAGGCAAGGGACACUACGAGGCCGCUUGGUGCUGA